UGCGCCGUUUAGCGAAGCGAGUGGGGUGAAAUCUCGAGCGAGCGUGAGAACCAGCAGGGUGAGGAGGAACAAAUAACGUGGAGACCUGAAAAGUGUGUGCACACAUUGCAGCAUUUCACAAGAAGGCAGCACGGUAACUUUAAACGACGUCAGCUUCUCCGGGGACGAGAAACAUUUCGUUUAGCUCCACUUUCUUGCACUUUGGUAAAGUUGAGCUCUGCGCGGCUCGGAGUCCCCCUCCUCGGAGCAGAAAGUCGGUCGGUGGUCGGCAGUUGGUCCUGCAGGAAUGUCGCGACAAGAGAAACACGAUUUUUAUCGAGAUGAGGUGAACAAGACUAUAUGGGAAGUCCCGGAGCGGUACCAGAGACUGACCCCGGUUGGAUCCGGCGCCUACGGAUCUGUCUGCUCCGCCAUUGACAUGGAGACCGGUUUGAAGGUCGCUGUGAAGAAGCUCUCUCGGCCUUUUCAGUCCAUCGUCCACGCCAAAAGAACCUACAGAGAGCUGCGACUGCUUAAACAUAUGAAACAUGAAAACGUAAUUGGCCUCUUAGAUGUCUUCACCCCUGCCACCUCUCUGAAGGACUUCACCGACGUGUAUCUCGUGACUCAUCUAAUGGGGGCAGAUCUCAACAACAUAGUCAAAUGUCAAAAGCUCACAGAUGACCACGUGCAGUUUCUUAUAUACCAGAUCCUCCGAGGAUUAAAGUAUAUUCACUCAGCAGGCAUCAUACAUCGAGAUUUAAAACCAAGUAACCUGGCAGUGAAUGAAGACUGUGAGCUGAAGAUUUUGGACUUUGGUCUGGCACGACACACCGACGAUGAGAUGACCGGCUAUGUGGCAACCCGCUGGUACCGUGCCCCAGAGAUCAUGUUGAACUGGAUGCAUUACAACAUGACAGUGGAUAUUUGGUCUGUGGGAUGUAUAAUGGCAGAACUUCUCACUGGACGCGCUCUGUUUCCCGGCACUGACCAUAUUGAUCAGUUGAAGUUAAUCAUGCUGCUCGUCGGAAAACCAGGUCCAGAGCUCUUGAAGAAAAUCUCUUCAGAGAGUGCCAGAAACUACAUCAGCUCCUUGCCACACAUGCCCAAGAGGAGCUUUGCUGAUGUAUUUAUUGGCGCCAACCCACUCGCUGUGGAUCUUCUGGAGAGAAUGCUGGUUCUGGAUACGGAUAAGAGGAUAACGGCAGCUGAAGCUCUGGCCCACCCCUACUUCGCUCAAUACCACGAUCCAGACGACGAGCCUGAAGCCGAGCCUUAUGACCAGAGCUUCGAGAGCCGGGAGCUGCAGAUCGAUGAGUGGAAACGAUUAACCUUUGAGGAGGUGUGCAGCUUCCAGCCACCUAGCUUUGAUGAUGAGGAUGACACAGAGUAAUGAGACGCGCCACCAGUUCAACCCAAGCUUUUGACUACAUAACUUAUGCUUUAAAGUCUCAGACACACAUCAGCCUUCAUUAGUCUAUUAAUUGAGAAAACAUGACCAGAAAACGUAAGAAAAAAGUUAUUAUUCUUAUUUAUAAAUGACUUAAUGUUGGUCAGUUGCUGGAAAACGUCCCUUCUCGCCAACAACUAAAAUAGUUUUCUAUUUAAUAUUUAGACUUUAUUUUGACUCCUCACUGUGACCCUGAGAUGCUGAAACACUUUGACCUAUUGCUGUGCUAGUUUUUAUUUUUUGAUUAAUUUAUGGAUGAGCAUUUUUCUGUUAGUUGAAAAAGGAAUUUGCUAGUGAAUCACUUCCAAGCAGUUGCUAGUGAAUCUCACAUUUUGCUGUUCAAUUUGAUUAAUUUAAUUGGAUGAAAUCUGAGCCUUUUACUAUGUAGGGUUUUAUUAUUAUUUUUUUCACCAAGGCCCAUAAAUAUGAAGAGAAAUCUUUGCGACUACAUGCUUUGCUCAAAAUGUGUAAAUAUAUCUGUGCCAUGUUUUUUAAAAUUUCACAUAUGUUUUGAAGCAAUCACUGUUAGCAUGUACGUCAAGACAUUGUGUGUGUGUCCGCUAGUGUGUUGUUGGUUUAUAUGAAUUUAAGUGUCGUGCCAUAGCUUUUAAUAAAAAUGCAGCUUAAAUGUGUAAAAGGAGGGAUUUGUAUUUAUACUUUGUGGAGCUGGUAUUUAUAAGCAAUCGAAAGAUCCCUUAAGCUAUUUUCAGUUUUGCAGAGUAACUACUGCUUUAAGUCCUUUGUUUAACAAAAUAAAAACUUAUUUCUAAGAGA